UGUCUAUGUGCCUCUUUAGUCGUUGAACUUUGUGAUUUUGUGAAACAGAAGAGAGGUUAAAAACCGCUUACGGUCGCAUGGAAAUAUAGUUUCCAUUUUACAAUCUUAUAUUGUUUUCUGCUUUAUCGGUACAAUGGCUGCCGUUAAAAAAGAGGAGGAACUAAAUAAAGUUGAGGGACUUGAAAAUGGUGAGGAAGAGGAACUAGAUGCUGUAGAGGAAGGCGAAACUAAAGAUCCCGCUAAGAAGAAGAAAAAGAAAAAGAAGAAGAAGAAGACAGAAAAUGAAGCCACAGCUGAAAAUGAUUCUGCUGAGGUAACAAAUGCUUCAGAAAAGAUUGAAGCUUUGACUGUUGAUGAUGCACCUGCUGAAGGUGAUGAAAAAAAGAAAAAGAAAAAGAAGAACAAAAAUAAAUCUGGCAAGGGGCCAACUAAGGAGCAAACCAACCCACCAACCAUCCCUAUUGCAGAGUUGUAUCCUGAUGGCAACUUCCCCGAGGGUGAGAUAACAGAGCAUGGCCCAGCUGAAGGCAUUGAUGAAAGAACUGCAAAGGAACGAUUCUCCAGCGAGGAAAAGAGAGCUCUUGAUAGACUGCACCAAGACAUCUAUCAGGAAAUCAGACAUGCUGCAGAGGCACAUAGACAAACACGUAAAUAUAUGCGCGAUUGGAUCAAGCCAGGCAUGACUAUGAUUCAAAUCUGUGAAGAACUAGAAUCAACAGCAAGACGUCUGAUUGGUGAAGAUGGACUGAAAGCUGGUCUGGCUUUCCCCACUGGUUGCAGCCGUAAUCAUUGUGCGGCUCAUUAUACUCCCAACACUGGUAUGCAACUGCCUUCUAUAAGUACAAACCAUA